GGUGUGCCGCACAAGAAGGAGAUGUCCAGCCAGAUUUCAGGAUGGAGGUGCCCGUGUGGGGAAAAGGUGCCAAUCACGAAGUGGAACUGCAAGUGCGGCACUCAUUUCAAUCAGCGCAUCCAGAUGGUAUGGGCGAGAAGGCCGAGGAGCGCCAGUCGAGCACCGUGGCAAGAGCAGGCACUCCACCAGCCGUCCAAGGCGGCAGUCAACAAGAUGAUAGCCACGGUGAGGCCAAUGUCCCUGCAGGAGGCCGAGGUCAACCUGACGUGGGACCCGCCGCCGCUGGACGAGUCCAAGGUCGCAGCGUACCGUGCCAAGGCAAGAUCGAAGAUGGAGACGCUCGCCCUGUCCGCCAUCGCAGCCAAGGCCGCAGAUAUGGACGACGCAGAAGCUCGCUACGAGAUAGCGAUGUGGAAGGCCGCGCUGAUUGCACUCAAGCCGAUCGCCCAGCAGAUCGCGGACACGAGGAACAGGAAGAUGCGCCUCGACGACAAGAUCCGCAAGAUCAAGUUCGAUCAGAUGAAGAUGGCGGAGGAGGAGGAGGCAGCCGUCGCAGCAGAGAUCGACGAGCUCAAGGCUCAGAUCGACCAGCUGGUCCAGGAGGAGGCCGAGCAGGUGGACGACGCCAUGCAGCACCUCAUGGUGCCAGUGGUCCCCCAGCAGUGCUUCGACACCACGAGCAUCAAGGGCCAUGGCAAGGGGGUGCAGGCUGCGGCGCCAGCGUACGGAGGGCAUCCAGUGCCACAGGGCCCAAUCGUCGGGGGCACCAUGGCAGAACAAGCGUGCCAGCUCAAUGGUGUAAUCCAGCAGAUGGAGAGCAACAAGCAGCAGUUCACAGCCAUGCACGACCAGAUGCAGCAGAUGCAGCAGUACAUUGUCGGCCUGACCACGGCAAUCAGCGACCUCAACAAGCAGAAGAUUGCCUUCGAAGAGUCGCAGCAGGAGCAGAUCCCAUUCGAGGGCACGCUCACCCCCAUCUCGCCGACCCAGGAGGUCAAGGAGAUCGAGUCCAUCCCAGGCCCGCCGAGAUCGAUCGCGGGCUACCAGGACAAGUUUGGGGGGCCAGACUCAGCGUUUCCGAGGACCGCGUCGGAGGCCAUGAAGUCGGGGGACAGUCCGGCCAGGAAAAUCCAGAGGGGAGACGACGAGAUAGUCGAGAUCACGGACGAGGACCACCAGGCCGAGAUCCUGGCCAGGGAGGGCGGAGC